AUGGCGGCGGCGGUAGCGGGUGGGCUAGGCUGGUUGAUUGCUGCGCUCUGCCUGGGCAACGCCGCGGGGGAGGCAGCGCCUUGCCCGCGAGUGCUGGGCUUCUGUCUGGAGGAAGACAGAGAGGCGGGCACUGGGUGGGCAAGCGGAGGAGCGGUGCGGGCCGCACCGGAGGCCACCUUCCGCUUGCGCCUCUUCGGCCCGGGCUUUGCUAACAGCUCCUGGUCCUGGGUGGCCCCUGAGGGGGCGGGUUGCCCGGAGGGCGGACUAGCUGAGGUGCCCGAAGAGGCGGCGGCCCCCUUGGGCGAGUGGCGCGCGCUGCUGCGCCUGCGCGGUGAGGCCGUGUGUCCGCAUUCAGCGCUGCUGGCGGUGCGCGUGGAGCCGGGCGGCGGGGCGGCUGAGGAGGCGGCGCCACCCUGGGUGCUGGUCCUGGGGGCGGCCGGGCUGUUGGCGCUGGCGGCAGUGGCGCGGGGACUGCAGCUGAGCGCGCUGGCGCUGGCGCCGGCUGAGGUACAGGUGCUGCGCGAGAGCGGCUCGGAAGCCGAGCGUGCGGCGGCACGGCGCUUGGAGCCCGCGCGGCGCUGGGCGGGCUGCGUCCUGGGCGCGCUGCUGCUGCUGGCCAGCCUGGCGCAGGCGGCGCUGGCGGUGCUGCUGUACCGUGCGGCCGGCCAGCGCGCGGUGCCCGCUGUGCUGGGCAGCGCGUGUCUCGUAUUCCUGGUAGGCGAGGUGGUGCCGGCCGCCGUGAGCGGCCGCUGGGCUCUGGCGCUGGCGCCGCGAGCGCUCAGCCUCAGUCGCCUGGCUGUGCUGCUCACCUUGCCGGUGGCUCUGCCCGUGGGGCAGCUGCUGGAGCUGGCGGCGCGGCCCGGGCGGCUGCGUGAGCGGGUGCUAGAGCUGGCGCGCGGCGGUGGCGACCCCUACAACGACCUCAGCAAGGGUGUGCUACGCUGCCGGACUGUGGAGGAUGUGCUCACGCCGCUUGAUGACUGCUUCAUGCUGGACGCCAGCGCGGUGCUGGACUUUGGCGUCCUGGCCAGCAUCAUGCAGAGCGGCUACACACGCAUCCCAGUGUACGAGGAGGAGCGCUCCAACAUUGUGGACAUGCUCUACCUCAAGGACUUAGCCUUUGUGGACCCCGAGGACUGCACACCGCUCAGCACCAUCACCCGCUUCUACAACCAUCCACUCCACUUUGUCUUUAAUGACACCAAGCUGGACGCCGUCUUGGAAGAGUUCAAACGAGGGAAGUCCCACCUGGCCAUCGUGCAGAAGGUGAAUAACGAAGGCGAGGGUGACCCUUUCUACGAGGUCCUGGGCCUGGUCACCCUGGAGGACGUCAUCGAGGAGAUCAUCAAAUCUGAGAUCCUGGAUGAGUCUGAAGACUACCGAGACUGCGUUGUAAGGAAGAAACCUGCUUCUCUGAUUGCCCCUCUCAAGCGGAAGGAGGAAUUCUCCUUGUUCAAGGUGUCUGAUGAUGAAUAUAAAGUAAAAAUCUCACCUCAGCUGCUCUUGGCCACCCAGCGCUUCCUUUCCCGAGAAGUGGAUGUAUUCAGCCCCCUGAGAAUCUCUGAGAAGGUCCUACUGCACCUGCUAAAGCAUCCCAGUGUCAACCAGGAGGUGAAGUUUGACCAGAGCAACCGCCUGGCUCCACAUCAUUACCUGUACCAGCGCAGCCAGCCAGUGGAUUACUUCAUUCUCAUCUUGCAGGGCAGGGUUGAGGUGGAGAUUGGGAAGGAGGGCCUGAAGUUUGAGAAUGGGGCCUUCACCUACUAUGGAGUGUCUGCCCUAACAGUGCCAUCCUCCGUUCAUCAGUCCCCAGUGUCCUCAUUCCAGCCCAUCCGCCAUGACCUGCAGCCCGAGCCAGCUGAUGGCACCCGCUCUUCUGCGUAUUGUCCCGACUACACCGUGAGAGCCCUCUCCGACCUGCAGCUCAUUAAGGUUACACGGCUGCAGUAUCUCAACGCACUCCUGGCUACACGAGCCCAGAACUUGCCACAGUCUCCUGAGAACACCAACCUUCAGGUCAUCCCAGGCAGCCAGACCAAGCUCCUUGGUGAGAAGGCCACUGCUGCAGCAGGGUCCAACCACAGCAGGCCUGGUGUCCCAGUGGAGGAAAGUCCUGGGCGGAACCCAGGAGUUUGACUUCUUGCCAGGCAGCCCCAGAUGCGGGAAGCAGACAAGCACAUGGGGAGCUGGAGAGAGCCAAGCAGAAACUUCAUGCCAGCCCACCCCCGCUCUCCAGGCCACGUUUUAGAUGGCUUUGUAGAUGGGGGUCUGGGCAUCUUCAGAACCAGGUGCCGGUGCCAAGCACCUUCAGCAGGCCCUGCCCUCCUUUAGGAGGUAGGGGGUCAGGAGGGCACAGCUCUCUAGGCCUGCUUCUGGAAGGAAUGAAAGGAAUAUCAUCAUCUCUAGGGCCCAGGGCCCAGCCUUUUCCCUUCUCCCCAUAGGCUGUGACAGUGCAGUGUAUUUAUACCUCUUCAGGCCAAGCCACCACGUGAGUGCACAAACUGCCUUUAGGUGGCCAUGACCUAUACUCUGCUUUUUGCCAAUCUUCUGCUGCUGGCAGCACUUUCUGAGCAAACAGAGGACACCAGUUUUGGCAGGGGGUUCAAAUUCAUGGCCUCAUCCGUGGUGUGGAAACCAUUUUUCUGACAAUGCCAUUUUUCAGAGCACAAACUCUAGCCUCUCCCAUGUGCCAAACCAGAAGCACGGUUACCCACCAGUCCGUCCCUCUGGUCCUGCUCCCUCCUGUGGAGGUUGUUCUUCUGACCUCUUCUAGGGCCCUGAGUGAGCGAGCUGACCCUGGUGGCGCUGAUGGGUCCUGCUUCUCUGCCUACCGUGCUGAGUUGCCACUAGCAGUGUUGUCAGUUUCUGUGUUCUUAGAGGUCAUCCCUGGGAGGAGGCAGUCUUCUUGCUGCAUCUAAUCCAGUGGUUCUCAACCUGUGGGUUGUGACCCAGAGGAACUGUAUUAAAGGGUUGUGGCAUUAGGAAGGUUGAGAACCACUGAAUUCUAAACCUUUCUUCCUUGUGUGAUCCCAGAGGAGAGUGGUGCCUGUUAGAUCUGCUUCACGCCUUUCCUUCCCAUAGGCCUCUAUGGAGGUGUUACAGGGCUAUGAUGCGCAGAGCAGCAGGGAGGGAGGGACUGUUAAUGAACCAGAUGGACCCUCAUUACCUUUCUUUAAAAGAAAAAAAAUAAGUUUGUCUUAUAUCUCUAAACAUUUCAAGUUCUUUGCUUUAUUCUGUUCCUAGCUGUGGGGUUUUAAAGAAGUGGAAACAAGAAGGCAUUUGUCUUUUUCUUCUAGUUUACCUUCCCCAGUUCUUCAGCUAUGUGAAACUGGGGUACCACAGGGACAUAGGAUUGUAGAUUGGGGGGAUUUCUGGAACUUUCCUCAAAGGCAUUUGGACCCUUAUAUUAUAAAUAGGACUCAAAGCCACAGAAAUAGUGGUAUGUUUGUUUAGAAAUUGUUCUCAAGGAGUGCACGCUUAAUAGCAAACCCAGGUGGGAAACAAACACUUUGAAAUCUGCCCAGAACAGGGAUUCUUAAUCUUGGAAUCACCUGGCAAAUUAAAAAAUACUUAUACCUGGGCCCGCCUCAGGGCGUUUGACUUAAUCAGUCUGGGCAUCAGGGUUUUAUUUUCAAAAUGUUUUUAGAUUCACAGAAGGGUUUCAUACACCUUUCACCCAGCAUCAGCUUAUGUUAACAUCUUACAUAACCUUAGCAUAUUUAUUCAAAACUAAAAAAUAAACACUGGUGCAAUAAUAUCAUUAACUACAGACUGUUUGGAUUUUACCAUUUUUCCAGUAAUGUCCUUUUGCAGGAUCCAAUCCAGGAUAUCAAGAUAGAGCUGUUGCUUUUCCCCUAACUUUAUAUUUUAAGAUAAUUACAGAUUCAUAGGAAGUUGCAAAGAUAGAGGCCCCGUGCACCCUCCAUUCAGUUUCCCUUAAUGGUUAUAUCUUACAUAAUUAGAAUACAGUAUCAGAACCAAGACUUUAACCCCUGUGCAAUGUGGGCGUAUAGUUCUAUAUCAUUUUGUUCACGCGCACAUUUAUGUAACUACUGCCACAAUGGAAACAGAAUUGUUCCAUCACUGGCAUCUCCUUUGACUACCCCUGUAGAGGCACAUCUCUCCCUUCCCUACACUCCCUUACCCUUGGAAAUCACUGAUCAUUCAUCUGUAGUAUUUUGACAUUUUAAGAAUGUUAUAUACAUGGAAUCAUACAGCGUGUAACCAUUUGGGGUUGGCUUUUUUUUAGUCAGCAUAAUUCUCUGGAGAUUCAUCCAGGUGGUUGCCUGUGUCAUAAGAUGAUUUCCUUUUUACUGCUGAGUGGUAUUCCAUGGUAUACUCAUUGUCCUGUUUAAGGAUGUCUGGAUUGUUUCCAGUUUGGGGCUAUUCCAAAUAAAGCU